GGCUGACGAGUAUCUCUUGGAGAUCCAUCUGAUUUUUUGAUCUUAUCAACAUUGCCAUUCGACGUCUGUUCAACACUGUGUGUCCCGACCUUUAGUCAUCGCCAGAUUGCUCUGCCGAUUAGUCAUCUUGAGGUUGAAAGAAGCAAUACAGCCGACAUGGUGUCGAGACAGCAGCAGCCGUCAUCGGUGCAGGAGGCAGCCGCCCGGCCGCCACAGCUCAGCUGCGAGCUCUGUCGUGACCGCAAGGUCAAAUGCGACAAGCUAGAUCCCUGCAGCAAUUGCGAGUCAGCGGGCGUAACAUGCGUGCCAAUUUACAGACACCGUCUCCCAAGAGGUCGACACGCCCACCCAGCACGAACUCGCUCAUCACCAACACUGGCGUCCAACAGCCGAACGAAGAAAAAGCCGUCCGUCACCAGUGAGCCAGCUGAGAGCAGCGGAGCCAGCUCCAUUGGCGAAGAUGACCGCUUGAAUCAAGCCCGAUCAGCGUCGGAUACGAUGGUCAAUGGCUACUCAUUACCACAGCCAACAGCCUCAUGGCACUCAUCGCGUGCCAGUGGCGCUGAGAUGCAUUUGCCUCGCAAUGCCCUCAAUGCCUCAAUAUCUCACAAUCGAUACUCAUCUACUUCAAAUACUGAUGACAGCGACCGGGAGCUUGGUGGUUGCUUCUGGUCCGAUUUAGUCGGCGAGGUCAACGAACAGAGCGACGCCAACUCAUCGUCACGACAAAGUAAUAGACUCCACACCGAUAUGUUGAGAUGUCUUGGUCUCAACAACUCCCUCGCUACUUCUUUUAAACCUUCGACAGAUAUUCGUGAGAGCCAAGGAGCCGAUGUCAGCCAGUUAUGUCAUAUCUAUUUGCAACAGGUCGAUCCCAUCAUCAAGAUUCUUCAUCGUCCUUCAUUGAUGGAUUGGCUUGUCAAAGGAGAAGGUUAUCUAUCAUACCCGUCCGACCAUCCUUCCCUCACUGCUCUUAGAUCAGCUGUCUGCUAUACUGCAGCAGUGAGCAUGACGGCGGAACAGUCUCUUGCUACAUUCUCCGUUGACCGCAAUUCAAUGGUAGCCAAGUACCGAAAGAUGACCGAGCAAGCAUUGGAAUGGUCCAGCCUACUGGAGACAGAAGACAUUACUGUCCUCCAGGCUUUUGUCCUGUAUCUGGUAGCACAAAGGUCUGAGGGGAAGGGCAAGGCCGUCUGGACCAUGCUCGCACUAGCUGUCCGUAUAGCGAUGAAUAUAUGCCUCGAGUAUGGCUCCCCAGCCGUCUCACCAAGCAAGACACCCUUCGAGAUCCAGAUGCAAGCUCGACUUUGGUUGACUCUCUGUCUGAUUGACUUCCAAACAGCCAAGAGUACUUCACGAGGCUCACUCAUCAGUGAUGUGCAGGCCGCAUUCUAUGUCGACCAAGUCCGACAUGUUGACGAUCGUGAUUUCGGUCCCCUAUCAAAGAUGGAACCUGAAGAUCAGAAUCGUCUUACAGACGCUACCUUCGCUAUCGUCACCUACAAUGCUCAAUUAGUUGGCCGACGUCUCGCCGUUUCGACCCUGCCACGACAUGGCGACACCACAAGGCAGCGUAGUGCUGCCGACUGCAACAGCCGAUUACUUCAAGGCCAGCAUUUUGAGCGCAAAGCCCUCGCACUGCUCAAUUUCUGCGAUCCACGGUCGUCCUCUUUCGCAUGGUUCGUGUGGCACGCGACUCAGAGCAUCGUCAGUACGACUCGUUUCCUCGCUUUGCAGCUCAUCCACGCCGAGCAACAGCAUCAAAACCAAUCCUUAGCAGUGAGCCAAGGCAGCAGUAGCGGUAUCAAUGCUCGCAAUACUGAACUACUCCGCAUGGCUCUUCAAGCACUUUCAAAGACACAAGCGAUCCUAGUUCACCCUCGCGGCAAUUCAUUUCGCUGGUAUGUCACCAUCCCAUGGCAGGCUCUUGGCACAGUGGUGGACAUGUUCGCCCAGUGCGGCACUGUGGACGCUUCAUUGUUCAGAUCUGCGCUCCCGUUGAUCGAGGCGAUGUUUGUUCAUGACGAGACUAGUGUCGCGGACUGCACGGCCGCCGCUGGUGACGAACGCCGUACACUUCGAGAAGCCUGGCAACGCGUCAAGCAAAGAUUGUGGGAUGCUAGUGGGACGAUUACCGCCACCUCUACCACAGCAAGCAUCGGGUUGUCCGCAGCAACUUCCAAUGUUGGUAUGGUCGACACUCCAACACAAGCACGCCCAACUUCCUCAACAUCUACAGCAGCCGGUCACAUGACCACACCAAUUCCAACCGCACCUAUUGCCGAUAUGGGUUUUGGAAAAACCCACUUAUCAUCCUCGCCUCCAAUAUCGACGUCCACCACGACUGCCACAGUAGCGGCAAUCCUUCCACCUGCACCUCCUCCCACAACUUCAUCAACUCGUACUUCCAGCUUCUUCGACCGCCCCUCCACCAGCACGACGGCUACCAAUCUCCCUUCAUUGGUCGACGACCUAUCCAUGUUCUCAUCGUCAUCCUCCUCAACAUUUUACAAUCCUCCCACCACCGCAUACUUCUUUGAUGAUUCCACGAUUCCCGCCACUAUCGUACCCGCCUCAACGUCAACCGGCUUGGCCAAUCCGCACGUCCCCGACUCCACAUCAUCUUCAAGCCCGUCAGCUUUCUACUUCGACGAUGCCGAAAUGGAAAGUUUCGCGCGCACUUUCUCGCACGAAACCUUCGAAUACGACACCAUCCAUGACAACAAAACUGCAGCCACCAACUUGGCUUUGCCGUCAUUCCUGGAGGACUGCUUUGGUGAUUCCUUCCACGGAAAUCACGGUGCAGCAGCAAGCAUGGAUUUCGAUUUAAUCAUGGGAGAUGUCUGUUUAUGAGAUCUUUUAUUUGCUACGAUUCUCUUGAUUCUUUUCUGAGCUCUUCUAUACUCUGGUUCGUAUUUUAGAUGGAACUGUUUUCCACAUGGGCGCAGAUAUCCAUGUGGCUUUCUGAUGGCUGGUUGGUUUAUGCAAAGCAUGUACGAGCGAGAGGGGACGAGGUUGAAUUUCUGCUUGUCAGCAUCUGCCUUGGUGCAUGAGAAUUGAUGAUUACCCUUCUUGGCCAUUACAGACAGUACACGAGCCUUUCCUCAUUCGUGUCCAAAGC